CAAGCAAGACAUGGAUUUUAAACUAUUUUGUGGACAAACUAAACAUAUCCUUUCCUUCCAUAUGAACUGUUUAAAAAUCUAAACUACUCUUUUUAUAUGUAUGAUACGCAUUUCUACAUACAAUACACAAACACUACAUGCAUUGUAUAGGAAAUGACAUAACAUAAUUCAGUCACAUGAUGCCAGUAGCCUAGCGUGUAAUGUAUGUUCUGAACUUUGCAUGUUCAGACACCAUUCUUUCUAAAGGAGCCAAGAUAGGGACUAAGGCGCAAAAUCUAAUAUGGGAAUAAGGUCAAAAGUUACAGGAACUCUGAGGAAGUGUCAAACCGACAUAAAUACGACAGCCACGUCAUAACCCAUACACUGCACAGCCCCGUGACUGAUGAUCUCUGACAGUAGCCCCCGCCCUCCGCUAGAGACUGGCUCAAACGACCUGACCCGGCGCUGUGGAAUUUAGUCUCUCCCAGCCUCCUCAAGUCUCCACAGGAAACCAGCGCUACUCGCUCACCAUCUGCUGCACUGUAAACUAACAGGGGAGAGAAAGAGGCCACUGAACCGUCACUGAGGACCCGACCACCACUAGGACAGCAGUGGGGGAGAGCUGACCGCUCAUAACACCAAGGUGUCCAGAUGCUGAAAACUUCCUGAGAGGGGAAGAUGUAAACCUCCUCACUAAAUUUGGAAGGAAAAGGAUCAAAGGAAAAGACAUGAAGAAAUCACUCCUGGUGUUACUGAUCACACUUGUGCUACCGACGCUCUCGAUUCAAGACAAAGACAAGCGGCAGAAACAUGGCAAAACUGGCUCCGGCUGCCCUCUCAACCCGAGAACCUACAACGGGUGGAGAACCUCCACGGGCUCCAGCUUGGACAACUGCACCAGCAACUUCAGCCAGCCUCCAGAUGAGCUGGAGCUCAGCUCCCAGCAUGCCAAGGAGUACCUGAAGGGCAUCCUGAGCACCAGACUACUGCCCGCGGCCUACGUGCUCAUUAUGGCCGUGGGCAUCCCCUCCAACAUCUUCGUCCUCGCAUGCUUGAGCGGGCGCUCGCGGACCUGCUCGGGCGCCGUGCUCCACCUCAGCCUGACCACCUCCGAUCUCCUCCUGCUCACGGUGCUGGCCUUCCGCGUGCACUACCACCUCCACGGCAACGACUGGGUGUUUGGCGAAGCUGCCUGCCGCCUGGUCACCGCGUGUUUCUAUGGCAACAUCUACUGCUCGGUGCAGGCGCUCAUGUGCAUGAGUGUCAUGCGCUACCUGGCCGUGGCGCGGCCCUUCCUCUACAAGGGCCUGCCUAAGCGUUUCUGCGCCGCGUUGGCCACGGUCAUUGUUUGGCUGGCGUGCGGUGCUGCGAUGGUCCCUGAGCUGCUUGUGCAUCACACCUACCAACUGCGCGGACUGGACAUCACCACCUGCCACGAUGUGCUGCCCUACUCUGAGGAGCCCUACACCUUCCUCAUGCCAUAUCGCCUGGGCAUGAUCGUCACCGGACUGUUGGUGCCAGCAGUGGUCAUCGCCUUUGCGUACGGCUCCAUCGUGCGCCACCUAGGCCGUUCCAGCUGCGACUGGUCACUCUACGUCAGGGCCAGCACCCUCGUCUUCGUCAUCUUCGUCCUCUGCUUCACGCCCAGCGUGGUCAUCCACGUCCUGCACUACAUCAAGCUGUACACGGCCCAGCAGGACCACUUCUACGACUACUACGGCAUGGCUGUGUGCCUGUGCUGUUUCCACAGCUGCCUGGACCCUUUCCUCUCCUACAUCCUGUCCAGGACCACCACCUCCAAGCUGCACGUUGUCACCAUCAGAAAGAAGCCCAGAGGGAUGUCUGUGUUUAUCUGAAUUUCUGGGAAGCCCCAUGGGCGUUUGUCUCUACACGGAUGUGGUGGGACGAUAGGACAACACAAAAUGACCCUAAACAAUGCACGCCUGGGACGGAAACACAGUGUGCUCCGCUAUUUCUAUAUAUAGGAAACCAAAACAAGCCAGUGCGUUGCAACUGCUUCCGAACAAAAUGGCUGCCUCUCUGGCUGGACUUGAUAUUUUCUCAGCAAAACACAAUUACGCAACCAGAGAAGAGCCAAGGUACUUUUAUGCCAAAGGACAGGUUUUAGAAAGCAUAUCAUUUCAGCCUCUACGCCUUCAAUCCUUCUGUCAACAUCCCUUGGACUGUUAACAGGCAUCUCUGUAUCCUGAGGCAAAUGUUCUCAUCACUUAAACUUAAUGCGUAUACUUGCAUUGUAAAUAUGUCAGUCUCCUUCAUCGAAUCUGCUAACCUUGUGUGUAUAUGUGUGUGUAUGUGUGUGUGUGUGUGUGUAUAUGUGUGUAUGUGUGUGUGUGUGUGUGUGCAUGCAUGUGUAUAGCUAAUUUCCCUUCACGGGACAAUAAAAUGUAUAUUUUUCAAACUCUCUAA